UCUCUUGUAUGCACUGGAUUCUUCUGGUUCGUUAAACCCCAAACUUGCAGAACUUAAUAUUUUCCCUCUCCGCCACCAUUGUCUAAAACCUUAACCUUUGCAGUAUAUAGAGGAGAAGAGAAGGUUGAUUGGGAAAUAAUCAAAAUACUUUCUUGAAAUGGCAGUGCCAAAGGAACAGAUAAUGGAUGUAAGGUCAGUGGUGGAAGCAGUUCAAGCUGCUGGAGAUGAUGUUGAGAUUGAUACCCCUCUUUAUGUUGUUGAAAGCCUAUGUAUGCGAUGUGGUGAAAAUGGUACAACAAGGUUUCUCUUAACACUGAUUCCACAUUUUAGAAAGAUAUUAUUGUCAGCAUUUGACUGUCCACAUUGUGGUGAAAGAAAUAAUGAAGUGGAGUUUGCUGGUGAGAUUCAGCCUCGAGGAUGUUGCUAUAGCUUGCGUGUUCCUUCAGGCGAUCAAAAGAUGCUCGACAGAACAGUUGUGAAGUCUGAAAGUGCUACCAUCAAGAUCCCUGAACUGGAUUUUGAGAUCCCGCCUGAGGCUCAACGUGGAUCAUUGUCAUCGAUAGAAGGCAUACUGGCUCGAGCUGCCGAAGGUCUGGAGGCCCUUCAAGAUGAACGGAAGAAAGUGGAUCCCCAGAUGGCUGAAGCAAUAGAUCAGUUCUUGAUAAAACUAAGAGCAUGUGCGUCAGGAGAUUCAUCCUUCACUUUCAUUCUUGAUGAUCCUGCUGGUAACAGCUUCAUUGAGAACCCGUUAGCUCCAUCUGCUGAUCCCUCAUUGAAAAUCACAUUCUAUGAGCGAACUCCUGAACAACAGGCAGCUUUAGGGUAUCUUGCUGACCCUUCACAGCUUGGAGGACAACGUGAUGAGGUAUCAAGUGAGGGGAUAAAUAAUAUUCCUCAUCGACAACUAAAUGAACCACAUGGAUCAGUUGGAGCAAGAGCAGGACGUCAGGCUAUUGCUCAGGGUAACAGUGCAGAAAUGGCUGAAGCUCUAUUUCGAUAUUCAGCUCCUGAAGAGGUGAUGAUGUUUCCAUCAACUUGUGGAGCAUGUGCUGCGAAGUGUGACUGUAAAAUGUUUGUUACCAAUAUUCCAUACUUUCAAGAAGUAAUAGUUAUGGCAUCCGCUUGUGAUGCGUGUGGUUAUCGCAACUCUGAGCUGAAACCUGGUGGUCCUAUAUCUGAUAAGGGAAAGAAAAUUACACUUCGUGUGGAAAACAUUAAAGAUCUAAGCCGUGAUGUGAUUAAGUCGGAUAGUGCUGGGGUGGAAGUUCCUGAGCUUGAGUUAGAGCUUACUAGUGGUACUUUGGGUGGAAUGGUGACGACAGUUGAGGGUUUAAUCACAAAGAUCAGCGAAAGUCUUGAGAGAGUACAUGGAUUCACAUUUGGUGACAGUCUUCCCGAAGACAGGAAGAGCAAGUGGUUGGAUUUCCGAGCAAGACUAGACAAGAUGAAGAGUACGUUAGAUCAUUUGAGCAAAACGAGGAGUUGGGUCUUAAUGACAUGGACACCGCCUCGGCUGAUGCUGCUUACACUUCUGCAGACGCUGCACCCAAUGAGAAUGCUGAUAAGUGACGAUUUUGUGGUUAUCAGUAUUUACUUAUAUUUGCUCUGGCCUUAUAAUCUAAGGUUUGAGCUUCUUUUUGCUCCCUAUGUAGUUCUGUUUCUCUUUAUAGCUGUAAACUUUCCAGAUUAUCGCUUGCUUUUGCGUUGGGACAUGGGCUGACCUCGUUUCAGCAUUGUUGAUCAUGAAUGGCUGACCUCGUUUCAGCAUUGUUGAUCAUGAAUGAUGAAUUAUCAUAUACGUAUUUCUUGUAUUAAUACGAAAUGAAAUGUAGUUUAUUGGCUUA